GUUGAUUCUUCGUCCCGUCUCGUUUAAUUUCGUCCUAUAAAUACCCGGUGGUUUCCCGGUUCAUAUCCAUCACCACAAGAAGCUCGAUCGAUCGGCGGCUUUCCAGUUUUCCCCCCGACCUAAGAGAUAAACAGGCAGCUGAUCAUCACCCGGAGCAAAUGGCUGAGGAGAAGAAGCACCACCACCACCUGUUCCACCGCCACAAGGACGGCGAGGAGGAGGGGAGCGCCGGCGGCGAGGUGGACUACGAGAAGAAGGAGAAGCACCACAAGCACCUGGAGCAGCUCGGCGGGCUCGGCGCCAUCGCCGCCGGCGCAUACGCCAUUCACGAGAAGCACAAGGCGAAGAAGGACCCCGAGAACGCGCAGGGGCACAGGGUGAAGGAGGAGGUGGCGGCGGUGGCGGCGCUGGGCGCGGCCGGGUUCGCGUUCCACGAGCACCACCAGAAGAAGGACGCCAAGAAGCACGCCGCCGCCGACAACUGACGAUGGGGUGAUGGCUUCGCUGCUUGUGUCGUGUUUCGUGAUUGCGAGAUUAUUGUUUCGUCGCCGUUCUUCUUCUUCCUCCUCUUGCGCUCUCGAUCGAUCCGUAAAAUAAUUGUCCGUGCGUGUCAGCUUGCUCCUCGCAGCAGCUCCGAUCCCUGCUUUGUGUAAUAUUUUUUUCGACGAAUGCUCGUGUAAUAUGUGUACUAGUACAUGCAUCGUUCUUAGUACUA